GCCAACAGACCUGGAAGAAAGACUUUGUCUUGGAGCUAACUCCUGAGCAUUUUGAGAUCAUUCAUCAUGAAGUAUGUAGUACAGGAAUGGCUCAGAAUAACUACCUUGCUAUUCAUAGCUCAAGCACUUUCCGCAAUGGUUCUUCCCAAUGCCACGCUCUUAGAGGAACUUUUGGAAAAGUACAUGGAUGAAGAUGGUGAGUGGUGGAUCGCCAAGCAGAGAGGGAAAAGGGCUAUCACAGACAGUGAUAUGCAAAGUAUCUUGGAUCUUCAUAAUAAAUUACGGGGUCAGGUGUAUCCACCAGCUUCCAAUAUGGAAUAUAUGACAUGGGACACGGAACUGGAGAGAUCUGCAGAAUCAUGGGCUGAAACCUGCCUAUGGGAGCAUGGACCUGCAAGCCUUCUUCCAUCAAUUGGACAGAAUUUGGGUGCACACUGGGGAAGGUACAGACCUCCAACAUUUCAUGUCCAAGCAUGGUAUGAUGAAGUGAGAGAUUUCACAUAUCCUCAUCCUCAUGAAUGCAACCCAUAUUGUCCUUACAGAUGCUCUGGUCCUGUUUGUACACAUUACACACAGGUUGUUUGGGCUACAAGUAGCAGAAUUGGUUGUGCAAUUAAUUUGUGUCACAACAUGAACAUCUGGGGGCAGAUUUGGCCAAAAGCAGUCUAUCUUGUAUGCAAUUAUUCUCCUAAGGGUAACUGGUGGGGUCAUGCUCCUUACAAACCUGGCCGCCCUUGUUCUGCUUGUCCCCCUAGUUUUGGAGGAGGUUGCAGAGAAAAUCUUUGUUACAGAGAGGAGUCAGAAAGACCUUAUUCUCCCCAUGAACCAGAAGAGGAAACCAAUGAGAUUGAACGACAGCAAUCCAAAGGCCAGGAUGCAACAGCACAAAGCCGGCCAAGAACUCAUUCACCUUCAGGCUCCACAGGCACUGAUGACAGUGAGAAAAAUGAAGUAAUAAGCACACAGCAAAUGUCUCAGAUUGUUUCAUGUGAAGUAAGGCUAAGAGAUCAGUGCAAAGGAACAACUUGCAAUAGGUAUGAAUGUCCUGCUGGCUGUUUGGAUAGCAAAGCCAAAGUUAUUGGAAGUGUACAUUAUGAAAUGCAAUCCAGUAUUUGUAAAGCUGCCAUACAUUAUGGCAUCCUAGACAAUGAAGGUGGUUGGGUUGAUGUCACUAGGGAAGGACGGAAAAAUUACUUUAUCAAGUCUUACAGAAAUGGCAUUCAGUCAAUUGGAAAAUACCAGUCUGCUAACUCGUUCACUGUCUCUAAAGUAACAGUUCAAGCUAUCACCUGUGAAACAACAGUGGAACAACUAUGCCCAUUUCAAAAACCAGCCUCACACUGUCCAAGGGUGUAUUGUCCUCACAACUGCAUGCAGGCAAAUCCACACUAUGCUCGUGUAAUUGGAACACGAAUUUAUUCUGAUAUAUCCAGUAUCUGCCGGGCAGCAGUACAUGCUGGUGUAGUCCGCAACCAGGGUGGUUAUGUUGAUGUUAUGCCAGUUGACAAAAGAAAGGUGUACGUCGCUUCCUUUCAAAAUGGGAUAUAUUCAGAAAGUUUACAGAAUCCUCCAGGAAGCAAGGCAUUCAGAGUAUUUGCUGUUGUUUGAGUCUGGCAAGUAAAACGUAAAACAGGCAAGUGAAAACAGAACACUUGGAAGAGAACAAUGAAGGCCAUUUCUUAUCUCUCCUAAAAUUUGUAUAAAGCUGUAACAUUGUUGUACAGAAGAUGUAUACUGCUUUCCACCAAAAAGUUUAAAUUACAUAUAUAUAUAUCUUAAUGAAAAAAAAUCUGUAAAAGUAAACAUGGGAGAAAAAUUCAUUUGAAAAUCUAUAAUGAUAUAUAACAAUAUUUUGAAUCCUGUGUUAAAAAUUGCUAUAUUUUCUUAGCAGUUACUCCUAUACAGUUAAUUCAUAGCUCAUAAAUGUCCUUUGUUUUCUUCAUCUGAAUAUAUUAUUCUAUGGUGCUUUUUAUAUGCCACUAACAAUAACCUUGAAGUUAUACCAUAGGGAGGUCUGAGUUUUUAUUUCCAAUGUACAUAAAUGAAGCCAUGCCAAUAAGUCAAUAAAAUAAAUCAUGCCUUAAACUAAAAUGAAAAUACAUAUAACUUUUUGAUGAUUUGCAGUAGCAUUAGCCAUGCAAGCGUAAAUGAAGAGAUAGACUGUUUUCAAUUUCACACUAAUCAUAACAAGUACAAAUACCUAUUUUGAAAUAAA